UUUUAAACACUGAAAAGAGUGGAUCACGUCCAGUGAAAACGUCAGUUGCAUGUAUCGCCAGGAUAUAUUGGUGAAGUGGAACCAUUUGGUAUGAUAUCUCUGCACCUAACCGUAGCUAACCAUUGAAUCAAAAGCGCAAUGUUUACGAAGAAACCCAAAGCUUUCUUGUUAUUGUUUGGAUGUUUACUCCAGACUUGUUUUUCACUUGGAAAACAAGGAAAAACGAAAGGGCUAAUACCCCGAAGAGCAAAGUCCAGUGGAUCUGAAAAAAAUAGGAAAAUGAAUAUCGACCAAAAAAGGAAUCACGAGAAAUAUGCUAGCAAGUCAUUCGGCCGUAAAAAUACUGCGAAAAUGGAAAUUCAUCGAUCUGUAAUGGGACUACACCGGAAUGAAAUCAUACACGGAAGGUCACACAAUGGGAGGUUAAUGCAAGAAAUAAGAAGACGACAAAUGAUAGCGCCUGGAUAUUACCAAGCUGAGUGUUCUGAGAAAAAGCCUUGCAAAGAAGGAAUGUAUUGCAACGUGCUCUACUGUGAAAAAUGUCAUAAGCUAAACGUGGGUUGUAACAGCAAGGAACAAUGUUGUAAGGGAUUGGUCUGUACUUUUGGAAGAUGCGAGAAGAAGUCGGAAGGGGAUCCAGGCACAUUCUGUGAGAAGGACAGCGAUUGUAAAGAGGCGUGUUGUGUUUUGGAACCAACAAUCAACUCCCACUUGCCAAUAUGUAAGCCAACAUUAGAGGAGUACCAUCAGUGUGCAGCCAUUUUGUACCGAAAAAUCUGGGUAGGAGAAAAGCCUGACUGUGGACCAUGUAAGCCUGGGCUCGAAUGCGUUCAAAAAGGUGUGUUUGGAAGUCAUGAAGUGUGUAUGAAGCCUGAUAAGUGACCAUCAAGUUCAAGAAAUUACCUGGCGUUUGUCCCAAAAGCUUGAUCAGUAUAGUCUUUUUCUCGUUAGAACCGAAUCAGCUACUCAAUGCUUUCAGUGCGAACUGUGAAAAGGAGUGAAGACUUCAAACGAUGGUUAUCUUUCAAUUCCUGAGUUGAUAGUAAAAAAAUCUUUCAUACGAAAAUAAACUUUUUUAGACACUGACUUCACGCAGAAUCCGAUCUUAAUUUGCAAAUAGUUAAGUAAAAUACGUGGCAUUACAGAUUGCUACAUGCUCGUUGUCAGACUACUCUUCUAUGAAGUAUGUAACUUAUCUAUUAAUGUAAACUGAGUGGAUAAAGAGGUUUCAAAGUAUGUAACAUCAUACCUUUGCUUUUGGACAUGUAACAGCAAACUUUUGUAGGUAGGUGCUAAACCAUUUGAACAAACCGUAAAUGAACAAAGGGGAUUGGUUUCUAACGGAAAAUGUGAUGCUGUGUCGGUAGGGGGCAUUACAAGAUAAUACAGUGGUAAUAUCAACCGAAUUGAUAAUGUAAAGUAGACACCGUAAAGAGUUCCUUAAUUGAGCUGACGUUUCGAGAUUUAGCCCUUCGUCAGAGCGAAUAGAGUGUUCUGUGCGUUUUAUACUGCCUACAGAAAAUGGAGCCAGGCUCUUGGUGGAAACACGGUAACGAGAAAAACAAGAAUAAAUUAAUUGUUUGAAAGGUGUUCAUUGAUACCGUGAGGAUUAAGGGCGUCGAUUUGAAAGAUAAGUUUUUGUUUCAGAGUUUUGCGGCUUUCCGAAUUGACUAGAUGUGAGGAAAGGCCGAAGACUGCCAUAUCCCGCUUAAAAUGACCUGGAUGCGUCUUUGUCACUCCAUUCUACGUCGCAAGGUGUUCGCGGAAUCGGUGCCUAGUCGCCUUCAUUUUUUCAACAAUGUAUUCCUUUUUGCAAUAAGUGCAAGUUAUACUGGCAGAGAUACACAUGAAAUGAUCAACCAUCCUUCGUAACAAGGAAAGAAUGUAGCCAGCUCAUUGAGCUGUAAGAGUUCUAAGCUUUGGGAAGGGAUUAUCUAUGAUCUCUUGAUUAUGGGAAACAUAGUUAUGUUCGCGAUAUGUACAAUAC